UAAGGUUUUUAAAAAAAAAUCUAUUUGACAUUCAUAACUACAACUAGGCAUAAUUUGAGCCUACAGACAAAGUGUCUUGUCUUCUGAGCCUGUAACCAUCCGUUAUUUAUCCCAUCUUUGCUGUUAGCAUUAGGCGCAGCUGAGGUGCGUAUAUCCCUAUCAUGAUCUCUUAUGUAUCUACAUGACUCACGAGCAUUUUUGGCUCAUAUCAACUUUGCUUGCGUCCGUUUAUAGUCGUCCUUUCGCGUUUUCAUCCGUUCGCCCUCGUCUUUUUGCGCUCGUCCUUUUGAGCUCGUAUCUUCAUAUGUUCCUACUGCCACUUACUUGUAUAUCUGCAUACAUUUGCAAUAGACACGUUUACACUCAUUCAUGCUCCAUUCAUACUCAUCUGUGCAAGUCUUUUGCAGGUACGUGUUUUAUUUAUUUUAAUUCUAUCAUCUUGUACACAAUACUCAUGGGUAAUCUUGCCACGUGUACUAGUCCGAGCUUGUUGUACCCACAAAAAAUCCAUGCCCGUCAGAGCGGGUACGGGUUUUUGCCAAGUACAGGUACGUGGUCCGCCUGCAUUGCACACAUAACGUUGAUUAACACCAUAUAUCACCGUUGAAAGUUGGCCUCCUCCGAACUGUAUCUCAGACACGUCGGACACUGUUGUAUAAAUCCGCGAUCGUCCUUCACUCGCUCGUAGGUUGAAAAGAAUCCUAGAUACUAGAACACUGUGGAUGACGACUUGCGGACUGGUGAUGUGAUACAUGAUACG